CCGGUCCGGUCUUUUGCCUCUUGUGGUUGCGGCGCGUGUCUGGCCUCUGCAACGGUAACUCGUUGAGUCGUACGACUCUUCUUAUCUUCGUCCUCAUCUGCUUGCCGUAGGGGCUGGAAAAAAGAUUAAUAAACAAUGAGUUCCAGCGCGUGUUACAAGUGUAAUCGAAUGGGCCACUUUGCCAGGGAAUGCCCUCAAGGUGGUGCUACUAGUGGACGAGGAGAUCGUCGCGAUCGUGAUGUCGGUUUUGGUCGAGGCCGUGAAAAAUGCUUCAAAUGCAAUCAAUAUGGUCAUUUCGCACGUGAGUGCAAGGAGGAUCAAGAUCUUUGCUACCGCUGCAAUGGAGUUGGACAUAUUGCAAAAGACUGUCAACAGUUUCAACAUGUUGGUUAUCAGGGGCCCGAGAUGAGUUGUUACAACUGCAACAAAACUGGACACAUUGCUCGCAGCUGCCCGGAGAAUAGCAACGACUCUGGCCGUUUCACGAUGCAGAGUUGCUACACCUGCAACAAGGCGGGACACAUCGCGCGCAACUGUCCCGAGGGCGGCAGCAAGACCUGCUAUAUCUGCCACAAGACCGGUCACAUAAGCCGGGAGUGCGACCAGGACGAGAGGAAGUAGGAGACUGCUGAAAUCCGUGCCGCUCGCUUAAACGAUAACGACAGCCGCCGUUUACCGUCUCGCGUGCGCGCGCCACUGCCAGGGAUUUUGUAGCUAGGUAGGGAUGCAAACAAAACACAUGUGUCUUUUGCUAAACGAUUGUUUUGUGAAAGUCUCAAAUAUCCAUCUCUCCGAUGCUCCCAAGAGUCCUGGAUCAGUUUCUCCGUCUCAUUAUUCUCUCAAUGCCCAUUCCUAGACCCCAAUCCCUUCUUAAAAGAAAAAAUAAGAUAAAUGAAAUCCCUUAUGCGAUUCCUGCAGUUUGUUUGCAUUUAACGACUCGAGUCGUUAUCAGUAAGCGUUCGAGUUUU